AUGUCGCCAGAAAAUUCAACCAGACCCCGCACAAGCCACGAGGCAGCUACUACAUACAUCAUGAUUGACUCCUCCUAUCGAUUCGAAAAUGACCGGAAACACGGCGGUGGACAUUUGAGUAUCUCUGCCCUCGCGAGCGGCACAGCAGGUGGUGGGGCUGGCUGGCUAGCUAGCUGGACAGCUAUCCAUGAGGAUCUGGUCCGCAACGUGGUUCUUGUUCCACCAUCAAACGCAGCGACUUGGAACUGGUCGAAAGUGGCAGCGCCUCUCGAACGUGGUAUGACCUACUGUUUUUCCUGCGCUGUUUCCGACCUGCGCUUUCAUACAUGGAAUGUUCGUGUGAGGCUUGGGCUGCAGAUUCGAGAUGAUGGUGUGGACGGGUUCGAGGGUAUCAUAGUUGUUGGGUAUCAGAGUUGUUCGUAA